AUGUCCUCCAGCGCAAUUCACGGAGCAAAUGAGGUCCCCAUCGAGAUCCUCCGUAUAAACAAACAAUUCGCUGGGGCGCAAACGACAGUUGACCGCAUUGACCCCCGUACCGGCUACGCGACACCGAUCUAUGUCCUCCACACUGACGACAAAACUAUUGCCGUCCUUUACGCCAAUCCUAGCUCACAGGUUUCUCCAAAUCAAGCCUUCGGAACGGCGAAACGGCAUAGCUUCUCAUCCAAAAUCGAUGUUGUGUUCCGCGGUGUGCCACUAAAGAUGAAAGGGAACAUGGCGAGCUCGGGACACAAGUUCGAAUACAGAGGCAUGAGCUACAGCUGGACGAAGUCGGUGAUCACAAGGUCAACUAGCACACUUCAUCUCAAGGAUUCGAGAGGGACGCUGCUGGUCACGUGGAAGAAACACCCCGACGGCAGGUUCAGCUCAUCGGAGACCGGGCCGACGUUUGAGGUGUAUGUGCCUCCGCAGAGUAUCGACAUUGAUAUGGUGGUUGUCACGGGGUUGGCGUCUAUUCAUUACUGGACUAGGAGAACAGAUACACUCGAUCUUUUGGAAGCAAUCUUUGGGGCUUAG